GUCAAUUUAACAUAUAAACCCAUAUAUUUUUUAAAUUUACAUACUUUAUUUUACUACGCCGAAAUAUAUUUUAAUUUAUCUAUAUAGUAGUGAGACCAAACUAUUUUUAAUUCUAUAUUUAUAGCAUGGAUGAUACUGAUUCGGUAAAAUGUGGGGAACCGAGAGUUGAUUCUGAUGAUCCCAAAGAAAGAAAAUUUGCGAGACGAUUAAGAAUAAAAAGGAGAGUUGAACUUCAAAAACAAGAAAACCUAUCAAUUGCAGAUAAAACUACCCAUAUCGCUGAGAAGCCAUUGUUUGAUGACGAAUAUCAAGUGUUACAUAAACAAAAGCAAAAAAGCGACCAAUAUUUAGAAAGACGUUCCAAAGUAUCAGAAGCCGGUUUAAGUCACAGGAGACAUAUUACAUUUAAACGAGAGUUAGAUAACAGGAUAGAAUCUGAUACCAGUAAGAAACAAUUGAUCAAGGAAUUGGAAGAGGAAGCACGACAGGCGCAAAAUAAAUUUGAAGAAAUCGCCGUUAAGUGGUCUCUUGUGAAAAAAUUUAAGGAUCCGUAUAACAUACAGGAAAUCAUAACCGCUCAAAAAGAGAAAUGUGAUGACGUAAUAAGGCAAAAAGACGCUAUUAUUGCUACGUUAAAAAAUAAAAUCAAGGGAUCAGAAAUAGAAUAUAGUAAAGAACAACUAAAACAAGAAGAAGAUGUUAACGACUUAACUGAAAGAAUAAGGAAACAAAUAGAUUUAAUGAGAAAAGCUUAUAAAAAACAAAUUAAGAUUAUAUAUCGUACAGUUAACAGUUUGAAAAAAAAAUUCGUUCAAGCGAAAAAUUACAAAUGGGCGGACCUGCAUAAAAAUAUGUGCGAUGUAGAAGCUCCCCAAUCAGAAGAACAAUUCCGUGCAUUAGAAGAUUUUCAAGAGAAAAUGAUGAGUAUACGCGGAGAUUUUGAAGAGAAUUUCAGAACUCGUAAAUUUGAACUCCUUGGUAUAAUUGAUGCCGCCCGUCAAGAGAUGGAACACAUUAAAGUUGCAACCUUAUAUAAUAGCGAGAAAUUAGACUAUAAUUAUCAAAUACUAGCACGAAGGGAAGAUGAGAAUAUUUUACUAAAAGGCCAACAAAAACGAAGAAUAAAUAAACUGCAAGAUGUUAUAACUGACAUGAGACACAAACUGUCUUCAUACAAGGAAACGACAAAUAAUAAUAUUAAAAAAACCACUGAAAUGAUUAGUAAAAUACAUCAACGAAUUUUGGAGAUUGAAGCAAGGGCUGAUUACAUUGCUAAAGUUAAUGAAAAAAAUUUUAAUAAGCUCUGGGAAAUAAAUAAAAAAGAUUGUCAGCAAGUUCUAAAGAAAAUAAUGGAUAUUGAUAAAGUUUUGCAUGAACAACAGAUGGCCAAGAAAUGGGUUCAGCCAGAACAAAUUUUUUUAGAGUAUAGUUCCAUGAGUAGUUUUAGACGAGCACAGAUAUUGCUGAACGAAAAACCUACGGAUUCUGAAACGAAAACUCUUGACGAAAGUCUAGUAGAUUUUAAUUUGGCACCCACUUCCUUUUAUAAAAAUCUACUGAAGAAAAUUCUUGAUGUAUUGUCUGAUAAAGGAGGUUUUCUAACCGAGAGUAGACUUAGAUCGCUGAUAACUGAGUACAAAGUGGAUCAAAGACAUUUGGUUAGAUUAGAUCAUAUAUUUGAUGCUUUAGAAUUAAAUACCUCGCAUAGAACACUUGAAGUCAUUCCGUUCUUUUUGCCGUAUUGUUAUUGCUUGUUUUGUGCUCAUCUAAAUACGCCAGAAGUUUCACUAGCGGGUUUUUCUAGAUCGAUGGUAUCUUCUUUGUCUGUUGGGUAUUCAUUUACGAAAAACCAACAAUAUAGUAGUAGAUUAUAUAAUGCAAAUAUUCCUCCGCUGGAAGAGGCUAUUAAAAUGACACAAGAAUCAAAAUCAGUUAUAGAAGAAGCUGUUGACGAGCUACUACCUGGUGUAGAAUUUUCGGACAUCACAACAGAGGACGAUAUCUCGAUUGACGUUGGUGGGGGUGAAGAAUCGGACUCUAUAUUAAAACGAAGAUCAGUAAUGGUAAAAAAAAGGUUAAUGAUGAAAGACCUUAAAGAUAGAACAUUAUGCCAGUUUCACCACCCUUUAGUUAUCAGCCGUAUAUAUGUGAUAAAAGCUCUAAACGAAUUUAUAGAAUUCUAUCACCAAAAGUCGAAUCCAAUUCCAACCACAGGUGAAAGAUUGCAUAAAAGGCGAUACACGAUAUCUCGUCUACUAGAUGAUGAAGAGAUUAGUGAAUACUGGAAAAGAAUUACUUGUAUUUACAGUGAAGAACGGUUUAAAGUGUGGGAUGCUUUACUAAGAGGACUUAAACACUAUCAUGAAAUUUUAAAAGAACGAAAGGUUAUGGCGAAAGAAGUGGUUGAAUUAAGGAAGAUAAAUGAAAAAUUAACGAAAAAAUUGGCUAAGUAUCAAGAUCAUAGUGUAUUGUUACCUCCCAUAUGUUCCCAUUCUAUUCGCAAUAAGUAAUAUUUGUAAUCAAUUAAUACACGAUUGUAUAAGU